AUCCGAACUCGUCACACUCACCACCAGCAUCACCACCGCAACUAGUGUGGGGACAAUCACCUACAUUCAAGAGAGAGAGAAAAAAGUCCCUGCUAGAGAGAGAGAGAGAGAGAAAACAAUAUGGGUGGGUGGUGGGGGAGUGAUAUGGUGGUGGUAGUAGACUGGAGGAGUAGUUGUUAUGUGGUCCACUGCACCAUCCUGCGCACGCUAGCAUUGUCGACCAUCACCCACUCACGCCUUGCCCCAUCCCUUUCACAUUCUUCAUUUCCUCCACCCCCCUCCUUCAUUAUAACCCCAAUCACCGCUCACGCCGCCGCUACUUCGCUAAUUUACGCUCCUUAAGCGUCCAUCCUUAUCCUCCACCCCCAACCCCAUGUCGAUGACGACGACGGAGAAGAAGCCUCCUCGGAAGUUUCCGCCGCCGUGUUGGACCCAAGAGGAAACCCUAGCUCUGAUCGACGUCUACCGCGAGCGGUGGUACGCUCUCCGGCGGGGCUACCUCCGGACCGCCGACUGGGACGCGGUGGCGGCCGCCGUCGUCACCCGCUGCCCCGAUGCCUCCCCUUCCAAGACCUCCGCCCAGUGCCGCCACAAAAUGGAGAAGCUCCGCCAGAAGUACCGGACCGAGAAGCAGCGAUCUCUCUCCUUCCCCGGCCGAUUCUUCUCCUCCUGGUUCUUCUUCGAUAACAUGGAUUCCAUGUCCUUGCCCCUUGGAUCUAAUCAAAAUGUGAUCAAUCGGAUCGAGUCUGGUGUUGAAUCAGUGAAGAAGAUUGAUGGAAAUUCAAGCUCUAAUCUUGGUCUAGGUGAGGACGGUGUCGGUGUCGAUCGAAAUUCGGUGAUUUUAGGGCUUAGGGCGAAGAAUUGUAGCAAGAUUGAUGCGAAUUCUAACCCUAAUUGCGGUUCUACGGUUUUGAAUGGGCAUUCAUCGUAUUUGGAUGAAGGAUCUGAUGAAGAUGUUGGAGAGGAUACUGAUUUUCAAGGCCCAAUUAGAAGCAAGAAAUUCGAGAAGAUUCAUGGGAAUUUUGCACCUAAUUUUGAUUCAGAUGGUGGGUUUUAUAUAAAAACCCCAAUGGAUCAAGAUUUGGUACCUCCUGGGUUUAGGGCAAAGAAAUUCAAUGACAGAUAUUCAAUUCCUACUGGAAUUAGAUCAAAGAGUUCAGGCAAGACUGAUGGGAAUUCUUGCCCUAAUCUCGAUUCUAGGUUUGUGAAUGGUAAUGGGUUUUCUUCUACUUUUGGAUUAGGGUUAGGGUUAGGGAAAAAGACUGGUGGUGAUGGUAGAGGAGUUAAGAGAGAAAGGGGUGAAAUUGCAGAGAUGGCUUCUGCCAUUAAGGUGUUGGGAGAAGGGUUUGUGAAGAUGGAGAAGAUGAAGAUGGAGAUGGCUGGGGAGAUUGAGAAGAUGAGAAUGGAGAUGGAGAUGAAGCGAAACGAGUUGAUACUCGAAUCGCAGCGACAGAUUGUGGAUGCAUUUGUGACUGUUUUACAGGAAAAUAAGAAGAAAAAGGCGAACACAACGCCUUCGCCGGAGUCCUAGUUUUUUCUCUGUUUCUUCAUAUGGAGAUGAACUAGUGAGAUUUGAUCUUUGUAUGUUAGUGAAUAAUUAUUUUUGUUUCUUGCUCUCUCUGAUCUGAACUUCAGGUUAGGAUGUAUAAUUUUGAUUUAAUUAAUAGAAUUUCUCUCUGUUCUGAAAUUCUUGAUGAACUAUUGUUUUCAAUGUUUAGCUUGAAAUAUCAAAUCUAAGGCAUUGUAGAGAAUGGGGUUUUUUGGGGAUUACCUUAUCAGGUGCCUACAUAAAAGUUUCCGCCUUUUCAAA